GAGAGAAAGAAAAUGGUAUUUAGUUUGGAAGAAAAGAUAUAGCCGAUAGAUAUAUAUAUAUAUAUACAAACAUUGGGAUGCAUUUCCAGGGGAUUUUUAUUUUUCGUCUGCUGGCUGCCCAGUGGAAGCGUCUCUUUCUACUCCUGGGCUCUCAGUCCUUCGUGUGAUGUGACCAGUGCGGUUGGUCGGUGGCAUUUUUCCCCCCUCAAUUUUUCCUUGUUUGUUUCUUUUGAUCGAAUUUCUGUUUCGCCUCAUCAAACGGAAUUUCUUCUUCUCGGUGCCAAGAACCAAAACACCAACAAAGUUGUGCACCUGUGCAUCCGCCAUUUCCAGCAAAAAGGGAUUCCCGGUUGGACAAUCCAUUCCACGUGCGUCUCCCAGCCCGAGAGUGUGUGUGUUCGUGAUUUAUUUUGUUUUUAAAAAAUCGUCGGUUAUAAAAUGCCCGCCAAUUUCGUCGCCAUUUUGAAACCCUGUUAGUUAUUGGCUAUUGCGUUCAGUGUUACGCCAUCGUCAGUUGUGUGUCGUGAGUGAAGAAGUGAAAGUUGCGUCCAGUUGAAUAUAUAUAUAUAACACACGCCACGUUUGGACAACGGCGGCCGUUUUCCAAUCCAUCAGUUUGAUCCAUCGUGCUGUUGAUAGUGCCAGGUGUGUUGUUGUGCCCAUCAUUGCGUUUUGGUGUCGUGUGUGUGUGUGUGUGCUAUGAAGAUCGGGCACUGCGUGAUUGCCAGUCAGGGAGGAUCGCCACCACCGCUGUGCUAAACUGCUAAAAGGCCAGGAUGACACGGAUCUCCCGCGGUUGUAUCAGCAACGCACUCGCCCACUGCCAACUUCAUCCUCCUCUCCCGCCCGUCCAUCCAUCGACUGGACACAUCCAAUCGUCAUCGACUCAACAGUUCCAGGAUCAUAACCGACCAUGCGACGCCUGUCGGCCGGCGGAGUGCCUUUGCUACUCAUGUGCUACUUCUUGAGCGCGGCCUUGUGCUCCUCCUCCUCCUCGACCACUACCUCUACCACAACCUCCUCCAAAUCGACCAAACGACCAGCCUCCUCCUCCAUGACCGGUGAUAUCGGCGAGCGGGCGGAAGCGUUGGAAGGAAGCCUUUUGAACAUGUUCGGAUUGAAGCGGAGACCGAGACCGGGCGUCGAGACGCGACAGCGGAUCGUCGUGCCCGAAUUUCUGGCCGAAUUGUACCGGCAACAGACCGGACUCGAGGUGGACACCACCAACUUGAACCUGGCCGGCAAACUGACCCAGACGGCCAACACAGUCCGGACUUUUUCUCAUCAAGAUGCGGAUUCAGAAAUCCAUGACGACGACAACAGCGAGACGACGGGCAAUUCCAUCCUGUUGCGAUUCGAUUUGGCCAGCUUGCCGGCCGAAGAAGCGCUCAAAGCCGGCGAAUUGCGGCUGUACCGCUCGCCGGACGGUCUCAUCUCGUGGGAGGCCGAGCGGACGACGAAUUCCGGGCGAACGGAAGACGAAUCUACGGACAAUCGCCACCAACCGGAAAGGAAAGUGACAAAAGAGAACAAGUGGCGACGGAAACAGCAAGUGUUGAUUCACGAAGUGGUGCGACCGGCCCGCAACGGCGGCGAGCCCAUCCACCGGCUGCUGGACAGUAAAAUCGUCGACGUCCGGGACGAAGGCUGGAUGACCUUUGACGUCCUGCCGGCUUUGCUCCGCUGGCGGGAGCAGCCCAAACGCAAUUACGGCCUCUGGCUGGAAAUGAAACGAGUCAACGACGAGGCCCUGUCCGACAUCCAGCACUUUCACUUGCGGAAGCGCCGGAGUAGCAGCCGGAGACGGAGGCGAUCCAUCGCCGGUUCAACGGAAGAAGAAGAAGAGAAACAGCUGGACCAGCUGGAUCUCCGGUGGGCUAGUCAGCAGCCGCUUUUAGUGACGUACUCUGACGACGGAAGGUCACGCGUGCGGAGUAAACGGGCGGCCGAGAAGAAGCACAAGCGGAAGGGCCGGCGGGACAACUGCCGUCGCCAGUCGCUCUACGUCGAUUUCAACGACGUUGGCUGGAACGACUGGAUCGUGGCCCCGCCGGGCUACCACGCCUACUACUGCCACGGCGACUGCCCGUUCCCGCUGCCCGACCACCUCAACACGACCAAUCACGCCAUCGUUCAGACGCUGGUCCACUCGGUCAACCCCAGCGCCGUCCCGCGGGCCUGCUGCGUCCCCACCGAGCUCUCGUCCAUCUCGAUGCUCUACAUCGACGAGUACGACAAGGUCGUCCUCAAAAACUAUCACGACAUGGUCGUCGAGGCCUGCGGAUGCCGUUGAACGAUUCCACUCACCGGAAUCCGAAGAAAUCCAACCACCAACACCCUCCCAGCACGGGGCGGAUUGGGUUGUUGUUGUCUGUUGUUGUCGGUGACAUUUUCUUCCAACCCCCCUCCAGGAUUUCCUGUGGACCAAUGGCCGUCCGCAUCCGAAAUCGAACAAGAGAAACAACAACAACAACAACAUCCAACGAAGAAAAAAGA